UUUUCUCAUUCUGCAGCGCUGAGAGAAUGGCAUGUCAUUAAGAUGGAUGAAAUGAUGUUUUUAUGCUUGCCAACCUGAGAAAUGGCAGCCCAUGUCUUGCUGAAGAAAGGAAAGCGGGCAGCCGCUUCAUACAUACAUUCAGAAUGUGUGCGAAGUGUGAAGGAGACUCCACAGCUUUCAGAGCUUCUGGAUGUUUUGCUGGAUCCCACAAAGCUCAUUGAAGACUGGGACACUGUGGAUUGGUGCCGCUGGCUCAUGGCAGCAGGCCGCACCCCUGAUGAAUUUGCAAAUACAGAGGGUGAUGAGGAAUGCACACAGGAAAAGUUCUGUCAUAGACAUGGGCCUAAGUCACAGGUGAAUAAGCCUGCAGCUCCACCUGACCUUGUAUGUGUUGCAGAGGCUAUGAUGCCCAGGAUCAUUUAUCGUCUUGUGCAGCACCUUCGUGAUAAAAGUUCUCCCUCCGUGUACCUAAAGGGACUUCAGGAAGCAGAUGCCUUCCUCAAUAUGCUACAUGAACUCAGUGAAAUGGGUGCUGCUAUGAGGAAGGUCAUGACUAGUGCUUUAUGCAAUCCUCAGAUUUAUCGGUGCUUAACACAAGAGUUGACAGGAAAUGAACCACGGAAAGACAGCACUCGUUCUGGGGAGAAACUGUACCAGGAGGCUUUGGCCAGCCUUCCUCAUGUUGAGCCUCCUGCCGAGUUCAAGGUUGAUUCACCAGGUCUCCAGGAGAAUCUAGUCCACAAAACUUUCUUGGAGGAACUGGUCUUUUGGACUGUGAACUUUGAAUUUCCUCAGAAGCUUGUCUGUCUCUUGCUCAAUAUGUUGCCUGACCUUGACUAUAAGGAGGCAUUCACACGAGCAUUUGUGUUGCACUACAGUCGCAUCUCACAGCUGCUAGUCAAGUCGAUGGACUCUGAUGCCCUGUCUAAUCGAGUUGUGCAUGUCUCAGUGCAGCUGUUUUCCAAUGAAGACCUGGCCUACCGCAUGGCUGAAGAGAUGGGCCUCCUUCAGAUUAUGGUAGUGAGCAUCAAUGCUAUGAUGAGCAAGAUCCUCAUUCAGAACACCCUUCAUGAUCACGACAAGAAUUUCCAUUAUGUAGUGGACUGCAGUGAUCAUGUGAUGAAGGAUCACUGUUACUGGCCGCUGGUGUCAGAUCUCAACAAUUUGCUCUCUCACUGGCCUGUAGCAAGGAUGUUUAUGACAGAUAGUCAGCUCCUAGACAUGUGGUUCCUAUUCCUGGUCAUGUUUCAAGGGAUGAACGUGAACCGGAGAGAAUUGAUUCAGCAUAUUGAAUUUGAGCCACAGUCUUAUUAUGCUGCCUUCUCGGGAGAAUAUGAGGCUUCCUCUUCCCCUAUGUGGGCAUUAGUGAAUCAUCUCACAGAUCCUGAUCUUCUCCCUUUAACCAAGAAUGUUCUCAAGCACUGUACUACUGCAUUGAGCAACUGGUUUGAUGCCAUUGGAGUCACAUUGGGUGAUCUGUGGGAUCCAUACCAAGUAUCUUUCCACUUGCCACUGCAUCGUUACUAUGCAUUGUUCAUGAGUCAGGCUGUGAAGUGUCAAGGAGCUUCCCUGAGUGAAGUGAUGCCCUCUAUUGAUCUUCUGGAGCUACUCAUGAUUCAUCCACUCCGUGUUCAGGUGGCAUUCUAUGAGAUUCUCUGUGGGAUGUGGGUGAGGAAUGGACUUCAAAUUAAAGGCCAGGCCAUGAGUUACAUCCAGUGCCAAUUCUGCAAUUCUCUUGUGGAUGCUGACAUCUACCUACUCCAAGUGGGAGCCAUGCACCUGGACCCAGAUCGCUUCGUCUCCAUGGUCCUUGAUCGCUUCCAUGUCACAGAGUGGCUGACUUUUUCCUCAUCAUCAGAAGAACGAUUUUUGCACCCAGAUCAUGAGAUUCCAAUGCUAGAGAGCUGCCUUGUAUUCCUUGCCACCCUCACUACUGUCAGGACAAAUAUUGGCCUGUCAGAGAGUGACCUUGCCCGUUUGGAGAUGGUGACUCUCCUUUGCAUGAAUGACAAGACCCAUAGUCAACUGCUGGACCUCAUGCCUGACAAAUGCAACUCUGUGUCACACAAUCGGGACUUUGAAACUCUCCUGUCACAGGUGGCUGAUUAUCGUGCCCCAAAUUUUGAGACCAGUGGGACGAUGCAACAAGGGAUGUAUGUUCCUAAGGGGUCAACCUGGGAAGUCCUCUUUGACCCAUUGUAUGUCCUCCUCCGAGCUGUUCACCGACGAGACUUCCAAAGCUCUCUGGAUCGAUAUGCUGCCCAUGUACAGCAGACAGGAAAAUUGAAGGCAUGCCAAAACCCCUGGCCUCCUUAUAGAAUCCCUGGUCCAACAUUUGAUGCCUACAAAAAUCCAAUUCGCAUCCUCCAAUCAAAGACAUUUCAGGCUGCUGCAUUUGUCAUCCUCUACAAGGCACUGAAGGACCCAAAUGUCUCAGACCAUGUCAUCUCUCUUACGGUGUAUCUUCUGGAGUUGGCAGUGACCUUCUCAAAACCAGUGAAUCAGACUGGAGCCAUGGAGAUCUGUCACUCUGACCCAAGCCAAAUGCUCCCAAUCACAGUUGUGGACCAGAUGUUUUCUGCAUGGUUCCCAACUGAUAACUUGGCAGCCAAUCUAAGGCAGGUUGUUGACUGUGUCUACCUCUCCAGUCAUGAAUCUGCUUCUUCUGAUGAUGACAUGGAUACUGAUGGGUUGAACGAAGAUGAGGAUUCGGACAGUGAGGAUCCCCUGAUGUUCUUCUCUUCUGGGAGCAGUUCAACUACAAUGCCUAUCACUCAUGCCCGUUUUGGAUCCAUUGCUCCUUGCCGGGUUCCACUCCCACUCCCCCCAUCCACUUUCUCCUCUUCUGCUUCUGCAUCCGCAGCACCAUCCUCAUUGUCCUCAACAGCAUCAUCUGGUGCUAGUUCUUCCCCUUCAACUUCCUCCUCUCACCCUGGCAUCCUCCGAAGCCAGAUUUCUCUGUCCCAAGUAAACCCCGAUCAACACACAAUGCUUGGAGGACAUCAACUCCCUCCACCAACCACUUCACCUUCUGUGAUAGUUGAAUCUCCACUGGAUGCCCCUUCAGAACUACCCAGUGGAUCUGGUGCUAGAGAAAUGACUCAGCUGGUGUCGGAGAGUUUUAGGCGACACGGUCGUGUUGUCUCCAAGGUGAAACGCUUCCUUCGACCCAUAAGAUUCCAUCCCCUGGAUGAAUCCUCUUUAGAAUCAGACUCCCGUGCACUGGUCAGUGCUGACUCUCAGACUGCACUGGUCAGUGCUGAUUCUCGGACAUUGGUCAGUAGCAGUUGUAAUGACCCCAUUUGGACAGUUGAAGUGAAUGAGAGCAUCAUCAGCCUCCUUCUGAAGCUUCAUGCGAAGCUGAGUGGGAAACCAGACUCCUAUGUGAUGAGUGAUUUGGAAGAGGUGACCCGCUUUGGUGAUGGUCCUUUCUUUGUCAAGAAUCUCCUUGACAAGAUUGCUCAACUGGAUCACCACAACAAGGAGUACAUCAAGGCAGAGCGGCAACGACUCUGGCCUCAACACGAAGAUAAAGAUGCUGAAAAGAGUCGGGGGGAAGAGAAGAGGAGGAAGGCGAAGGAGCGACAGCAGCGACUCAUAGCUGAGUUUGCCUCCAGACAGAGGCAGUUCAUGGAGAAAGCCAAGGAGGCACAUGAACCAAUGGAGACAGAGGGAAAGCCAGCAAGUUCCAGGCCAGAACUGUCCUUCAAAGACAAAGAAUACGACUGUGUUAUAUGUGGACAGACCACUCCAAGCACUGAGGAUAGGCCUGUUGGCUUGGUUGUUCUUUUGCAGCCCUCAAGUGUUCUGGGAAAUCGGUAUCUGGACACAGAGGGCCUAGUGCUUCCAACCAACCAGGCAAGCUACAUGAGACUUAUCAAGCUUACUUCUGGAGAUGACCACUUUGACCAGGAAAUGGAAAAUCGAAUUGAAGAGCUCAAGAGGCAGUUCAGCGAGCACUACUGGCUUUUGUCAUUGAACAUCGGUUGGCAGGGUGGGAUCCACGUCCAGACCUGUAGUCACCAUCUUCACUUGGACUGUCAUAAGGCAUACCUUGAGUCCCUGCGGACACAGAGUCGACAGCAGAGUUUGGAUGUGACACAUGGAGAAUACGCUUGUCCACUCUGUCGCCAGCUGGCUAAUGCUGUUCUUCCACUCUGCCCAUCCAUUGGAGAGCAGACGGCCCUAGUGAAAGCAAGGCCUGGGGACAAUGCAGCUUCUGUAGCACGUGAACUUGUUGAGUUCUUGAGCCAACAGCCCCUACCUCCUUCAAGACAUUCACCCCUCUUGACUGCCAUGAAUGGGAUGAUGGAGAAUUUAACCAACGCCACUCUUCCUCGAUAUCGAUGUUAUUGUGCUACACCCACCCCACAAUCCCUCUUCCUCUUUGUCAGCUCAAUUGCAAGGACAAAUUUAGAAAUGGAUCUGGUGCAACGAGGUGGGACUCUGGUGCUAGCUGAGAAGGCAAGGCUUCCACGAAGGAGCUGCAUUGUUCCUCUCCUCUAUGUGCUGUCAAUGCACAUGAAGUUCCUGAGCACGGAGUUCUACACACAGCUCCUCUCUCAGGUCAUGGGCCUGAGUGUUGAAGGAGAAGAUAAAGCAAAAAGCAUAUCCAUCUUUGACAAGGAUGUCCCUCUUCUCAUUCGUGACAUCACUUCUCUCCUCCUGCAGAUUCUUCUCAUGCUUCCGCUUCAUGUUGACAUUGCUUACUUCAACUGCCUGGUGCAGAACUUCUUCAAUGUGGUCUUCUUCCAAGUUCUUUGUCAGCUGUCACUGUCUACUUCUGUAGAGCAGCGAGAGGUGCUCAAGUCUGAGACUGGUUCAGAAGAUCUGAAAUCUUUGCUUGGAUCUUGCAUCAAAAACCUUGAAUCUUCUCAGCUAUAUACUGAUGAUGCAGGAGACAAGAAACUUGACCUCUCAGUUGAGAACUUAGAGGAAGUGGUUCAGGCUAAAUGCUUGCCAUAUCUCCGAAUGGCAGCAUUAUUGAGGACCCAUGUCUAUGAUGAACCAUUGCCGAAUAUUGAAGAAGCAUCAGAUGAAUUUGGAACAAUAUGUGUGUAUCUGGAGCUGAUGCGAAGUGAUUGGAAGAAACAAGGAUGUGGAGCAGUGGAUGCUUUGCACUGGGCUGUUAAGCCAAUGGCAGAUGUCCUCAACACAUGGUGUGCAGAUUUGGCCUCAUUUGGUCAGCGGAGCCAAUUUGCUGCUCAUCGUCUUCUUGCACGACUACAUCUGGACUGGAAACAACCCAGGCUCCUUACCCUCCCACUCUCCUAUGAUAACAUCUUUCAAUUUUUCCACCGCCGUCCAUGUUCCCAGUGCAAUUCAAUACCCAAAGAGCCAACAGUGUGCUUGGUGUGUGGAACCAUGGUCUGCCUAAAGGAAAACUGCUGCAAGCAGACUGGGGUCUGUGAAGCCGUGCGGCAUGCAGUGGACUGUGGGGCUGGUACAGGAAUAUAUCUGGCUGUGAAUUCCUCCUCAAUUAUUGUGAUUCGUGGAAGAAAGGCAUGCCUGUGGGGCAGUGUCUUCCUUGACAGCUAUGGAGAGGAAGACCGAGACCUCAAGAGGGGACGGCCUCUGUAUUUGAGUGAAGACCGCUACAAGCUCCUUCAGAGCCAGUGGCUCAACCAUGCCUUUGAUCACACAAACAAGAAGUGGAUUUUGCAUAAAGAUAAUCUCUAACCUGUAUGGAUUUGUCUUUACAGAGGAAGACCAGUGCAUCUUCAUUGUUGUCCAUGUGCGCUUAGCUGUGUGAUGUCAGCUACUGUUGUGCCGACCCAAAAUCUCUUUCCUCUAGCAUACAGGGUGUUUGGUGAUAGAUCCUCUAUCUCUCUAUCCUUCAUCCACUGUGCUCGAGUGUGAUUUUAUCCGAUUGCGCGAAAUAUUUCCCCCUGUUCAGUUCUGUAUCAUGAUGAAUUGAUGAAUAAGGAAGAAAAUUCUGAUUUCCGUGAUUUUUCUUGACUUUUAUGAGAGAACUUAUCUGCCACAUGAUGUCA